AUGGUUCAGGACCGUGGACAGCACCUUGUUCUGCCUGCCAAAUCCUGCCUGAGUGAUCACCCCUGCUCCCAGCUCCUGGUGAAUGCCCUUGCUGCAUUCCUGAAGCCUUCUUUCGCCCUCAGGCUCACCCACAAUCUCUUCUUUCCGUCCCACUGGAUGAAGGGCUCCACCUGUGGUGGGGACUCGCGUGGCCCCUUCACAACGCAGGUCCGUGAGAACGCGCCUGGGGCGGGGCCACGCGGGGGCUCCUGGGAGUUGCAGUCCGUGGGAGAGGAAUUCGCAGUCUCCGCAGGCCCCGAGCGGAGGCUUGCGGACAAUCCUGGGAAGGUGGCGGGGGCCUACAGGGCGCGAGGCGCUGGGCCCUGGGCCCGCCCCAGGCGGGGAUGGGACCGAGCGCGGGCAACCGGACUGGCCCUGCCGCUGCUGCUGGCGCUUCUGCUAGCGCUGGCGGGCGGCGGGGACGCGUUCUACCUCGAGGUCCGCGAGCUGGAGGAGAAGUGCUUCAUCCAGGAGAUCCCCGAUGGCACGGUGGUCAUAGGUAACUACAAGACUGAGCUAUACGACCCCGCUGUGGAAAAGUACCAGCCUUCCCCGCAGUGGAUCAAUUUGUUCGUGUUUGUGAAGGACCCUGAGAACAAGAACCUGCUGUCCCGUCAGUACGGCCCUCGGGGCAGCUUCACCUUCACCUCCCAGUCUCCUGGAGAGCACCAGAUCUGCCUUCACCUUGAGUCCAUCCGGUUCGCCCUCUUCUAUGAUGGCAAGCUGGCCAUUCACUUGGACAUGCAGUUGGGUGAGCGCACCAACGAUUAUACGGAACUUGUGGCCAACGACAAGCUGAGUCUGCUGCAUCUGCGCAUACAGCAGCUGGUGGAACAGGUGGAGAAGAUCCAGAAGGAGCAGGAGUACCAGAGGUGGCGAGAGGAGCGCUUCCGGCAGACAAGCGAGAGUACCAACCAGCGGGUGCUGUGGUGGUCCAUUCUGCAAACCUUCAUCCUUGUGGCCACUGGCAUCUGGCAGAUGCUGCACCUCAAGAGCUUCUUUAAAGCCAAGAAGCUGGUUUAGAUGGACUCCAGAGAUCAGAGGCCUAGCCCCCACCCACUCCCCCUUCUGCUGGCAAAGGGAAGUAGCCUGGCCUGGCCUGCUCCUGGCUUCUCCCACCCCUCCCAACCCCACAGGGCUUCCUUGCUACUGGCAGGGGGAGAGAGGACCUCUUUAAACUGGUUUCUCAGCAAAGACUUGGGAGAGGAUGGGUUUCCAGCUGGAAACACAUGGGUGGGAGGGGCUGUAGUUUCUUUUGUGGCUCAGUGUUGCUGAGCAGAAGGGAGUGAGUGUUCCCCCAACCCCCAUGUUAAAUAGAGUGGGUGACUUAUCCCAAGAGUGAAUAUAAAUUAUAACUGUCAAACUUUCUGACCUAAACAUUUAUUGCCUCCUACUCUGCAAUUCAUUCUGCGUGUCCAAUCAGAUGUUAACAUUUCAGGUCCUGCAUGCAUUGGAUGGGGUGAAAGGUGCUUUUACCCCGGAAGCCUUAGCAACAUGUGGAAGCUUUUCCAGAAAAGUCCACUUAGGACCUAUCUUCUGGGUAACCUGAGUGCUGAUGGUGAUCCUCUGCCUCCCUGUCUCUCUGGGCUCUGGUCAGGCUCAUGCACUCCCUUUCGAAUCACCUGGACUUCUGGGUUCUUCAAGGAGUCUGAUGGGCACUUCUGUCUUCCUGCUAUUUUUCAGUUGACCUAUGUCUGUUUCUAGGAUGCCAUUGGCUGAUCUUUUCAGGAGAUCCCCAAGUCACUGUUCCCAUUAUAUUCUGCAUCUCCUAUAACUUAGUCUUCACAGGUGGACACAAGAGGAGAUGCCCCCAUUGCUUCUGCCUGAUCUAGUUCACAUUCUACCAAGCCCUGUGUUGGCUGCUCUGUUGGAACUUCUCUCAUGUGAAUUUGACAUUUUCUGCUAUAAAGAAAUUCACUAGUUGGCCCCA